UCUUUUUCCCGUAAUUUAUUAUCAGGGCAUCAUGCAUUGAUGCAUUCAGAUUUCAGGCUUGUAAAUACUCAAUAUUGUAAUCAAUUAUUUUUUAUUUUGUUUUCCAAGUAUAUUUUCAAUAUUUUGUCAGUUUAUAAUUUUGACGUAUUUACUAUUUAGUAUUUACUAUUUACUAUUUAAUUUGUAUUUACUACUUUGUUUGAGUUACAAAAAAAUGGUCACUACUUGUUCAGUUAAAGGCUGUAAAUCGAAAGCGGGUCAAGGUAUUAAGUUUCACAGUUAACAGUUAUGAUUUUCUUCAAAAUUAGACUUCCCAAAGGCGAAAUUCGAGAUGCAUGGAUUACAUUCCUUAAGAAAUACAAUCCUCUGUUCAUGCCAACAAGUCGUAGCACCACUGUUUGUGGGCUUCAUUUCUUAACUGAUUUGGAUUAUGAAAUUACACCUACCAGUAUUUAUCAAACUAAACGUUUAAAAAAAAAUGCUAUACCUAGUAUUAUGCACCAAAAUAUUGGUAGAUCAUUAUUUAACAAGUCAAAACAGGAAUUGAACUAUGUUCCUGAUCAUGAUGCAGAAAAAGAAGUUGUUACUUUAUCAUUGUCAGAUUUAAAUGGACUACGGGAUGUACCACCCGCUAUACCUCUAAAAUUUUGUAUACAAAAUAUUGUAUUGUCAAAACCUACUGUUCAAAAUGCAAGUAAAGUUUCACCCGCACCCGUUAUACAAAAUACAAAUAAAGCUCCAAGUGUGCUUUUUACUGUUCAAAAUGAAAGUACAGUUUCACCUGCAACCGUUAAACAAAAUAUAAAUAAAAUUCCAAGUGUGCUUUUUACUGUUCAAAAUGCAAGUACAGUUUCACCUGCACCCGUUAUACAAAAUAUAAAUAAAACUCCAAGUGUGCUUUUUACUGUUCAAAAUGCAAGUACUGUUUCACCUUCAUCCGCUAUACAAUAUAGAAAUGAAAUUCCAAGUGUGCUUGGAGACAAAUUAUUAAGGCCAAAUAAUAAAAGAAAGUGUUUUAUGGGCGAUUUUAAACACCCAAGUGAUAUUGAUAGCCCGAACAGCAGAUUAAAAUAUUGGAUUGCUUCACAGUCAACUGUGACUAAACAAAAAAAAAAAAUUAAGUUUUUAUACAAGCAAACAGUGGACUUGAAAAAAAAAAUUAAGUAUUUAGAUAAUUUAGUAGAUCAACUAAAAAAUGAAAAAAAAAAGGAAUCGAACAAUUGCAUUACAGUUCUUAAGCAACAAAUAUUAUCAACUAGUCAACAUGAAAUUUAUAUGUCUAUGUGUAAACCGAUUUGAAGUAUCAGUUUAUUUAAAACACAAGGCGUAAGAAAAUUCAAAUCUGUUAUAUGGCAAUAUUAUACAAAAAUUGUCCUUAACAUCUGAAAAAUCAUCAACAAUAUGAUAUAGUACAACAGCAGGUGGGCGGGCAAGUACAACAGAAGUUAACAGGAGUAUUUUGGUACCUAAUUGACCAAAUGGUUGGCAGCUGCAUUUGAUUUUAUAUCCAGUGGUAUCUUACACAUUUGAUAAAAUUAAUGGAAAAUACAUGAAAUUUAGAUCAGCUAAACAUCAAAUUUUAUUCAAAUACCAGAAUAACUAAUGCAGUAUUGUAACAACAAAAAGGUUAUUAGACAAGACAAAUUAUUAUUAUUAUUAUUACUUUUAUUCAA